CAUCGCUUUAAACACAUAAACCACAGUCUCUUGAGCAACAAGUACCUCCGUGUUAUAUCUCAUACCCGAGUAUUCACCUUUAACCUAUCUCCGCCACCGAGAAUAUCUAUUUAUAUGAUACAAUCAGAUAUACGAAUAUACCACACUUACUAUCUUAUGUCCCCUUUUCUUCUUAGCCCCAUUGCCCGCUUCUCUUGUUUCGUCACACUCCAUAUGAGAUAAUCCUUAACGCCAACGGCGGACCAAGGCCUUCGCCAUAGAAUUAAUAAUUUUCAUUCUAUCUCGUGUACUCUUGCGGGUGUUGUUGUCCUGGCGUUCUAGGUGUUCGGAUUAGUAUCCUAGCUUGCAUCGUGAUUCGUGCUGUCGUAACUAGGUCUUAACAAGUAAGGCUGCCUCUAACCGGGGACUCUAGCAUAAUCCACUACAAUCGUUACUAAUCCAUGACCGGUCGGCCGACGGCCACCGUCAGUCGCCCGAUUAGGAAAUGUAACCGGCAUUCGUCCGCAAUGACAAAUCCCACCGACGGCACAAUGCGGAGGAAAGCCGUUUCUAUUCCUCCAAAGCGAACCUCGUCGAAGUCAAAAGUUCCGUAGAAUAGACAUAUGAAAGAGCAAAACAGAGGGUUAAUGUAAAUAAGAUAUGUAGAACUAGUAUCUGAAAAAAAUAAACAACGAGGUAGGUAACAAUUACCUACUCAAUCUCCAGACUUACUUUAGUGGUCCCACCAUCUGAACACUCAUGAUGUCUUCGUUAACUUCAGCUCAGCCCCCAAGCACUUACAAGGCACUCUUCUUUGAAUCUGCCUCCAUCGAUCCCACGGUAGCCUCGCUCCCAACCCCCAAGCCAGACCCCGGCACCGUCAUCGUGAGGCCCCUCUACAGCUGGGUAUACGGCUACGCAGGCGACAUAUUCACCAACGGCAACCCGCGCAACUACCCGGUCUCCUUCCCCCUCACCGGCGGCGGCAACGCCAUCGGCCGCGUCGCCGCCGUACCCCCCGAGGCCAAGAACCUGAAGGUCGGCGCCCUCGUCGUCGUCGACCCCAUCAUCAAGGAGCGCGACAGCAGCGCCCACCACCUGUCCGACUUCCGCGCCAUCGGCAUCUCGGACAACGGCACGUGGGCCGAGCUCGUGAAGGCGCCUAUCGAGAACGUGCUACGCAUAGACGAGGCCGCGCUCGAGAGAAACGGUAUCCCGAUCAGGGACGCGGCGUUCUACGCGCAGCUCGUCGUGCCGUACGGCGGCCUGCGCGAUGUGAAACUCAUUGCGGGAGAGACCGUGCUGAUCUCGCCGGCGACGGGCAACUUCGGCGGCGCCGCGGUCCAUGUCGCGCUCGCGAUGGGCGCGGGGCGCGUGGUCGCCAUGGGCCGCAACGAGAAGAUUCUCGCGGAGCUGAAGGCCCUGGCGCCGGGGAAAGUGGAGACGGUCGUUUUCAGUGGGAGCGUUGAGGCUGAUGUGGCGAGCAUUGCGAAGUACGGUCCCGUCGACGUGUUCCUGGACCUGACGCCGCCGAUGGCGAAGAAUACCUCGCAUAUCCAGGCGGGUAUCAUGUCCAUGCGGCCGAAGGGCAGGGUUAGCAUGAUGGGGAAUGUGAACGCGUUGGAAAUCCCGUACCGGCUCGUUGCGUUCCGCGGAUUGAGGUUGCAGGGGACUGAGAUGUACACGCGGGAGCAGGCGAUGGAUAUGCUCAAGUUGAUUGAGACGGGGACGCUGAAGACCGGGCCGGAAGCGGGCUUGGUGACUAAAGGGGUGUUCAAGUUGGAGGACGGGCUUGCUGCGCUGGAGUUUGCGGCGAAGGAGGCUGGUGCUGGGAGGGCGGUCUACUUUGCUCCAAAUGAAGAAUGAACAAUAUUAAUACGAAGUACAUAGGCCGUGAACAUUCGAGAACGGUGCGGGGGAUGCUGUAGAUCGAACGGUUAGAUAGUUUGUUCUAUUCGAUUAAUUUGGUUAUGGUUGGAUUCAAUUGACUUGGCUAACCAAAA